GGCGCUUCAUCACGACCCUUUGAUACAUUGGAGAAUUUCUUCAAGCUACUUAGUGACAGUGGCUCACCUAUCAACCGCGAGCAUUGGGCUAUAUCACUCGCUUUGCAAAUCAACUUCAAGGCUUCUAUUGUGGACCCUAUUCCGUAUAUACGACGUGCUUGGAUCCUUACCGGCAAACUCCAUCCGACAAUGACCGGCUCAGUUGUUGAAGAUGCGGACGAAGUCGCAAAUUCGCGUCUUGUUGUACACCCUUUCGAUGCUGAUGCUUGGGUAUCCAAGACCUUUAUAAUACAUAACACAGAAAACACAUCACAUGCAAACAAUUUGUUUGGAAGUAUGCUUCGCAAUGGCACUCCUACAUGUCACUGGUUGCCCACCACUCAGCAGCUGCUCUUACGUUCUGCGCACUGGCGUAUCGACGGCAUUGGCAUGCUUAUGCUUGCCCACAGCUUGUUAUCUUCUUUGGCGUCCGUUCUACGAAAUGGCUUGGAUUGUGACCUGAAGUCGUAUGACUCACUGGCGGGCAGCGGAUCCCUUACUAGAAGUCUGGAUGAUCUUGUCAACGCCUACGUGGACGAAAGUUCUACACCAGGGCACAUCAAAGAUGCCGCAGACGGAUUUGUCAACGAGUAUAUCCGCGGAGUGCCUACUGUUGGUCUACCUACAUUGCCUGGCUCUGAAACAGUCUCACCGGGCGAUACCGGGCGAGAAACUUUGCGAAUUGAAGUCUCUACAACUGCUGCCAUCAUCUCGGCAUGUCGAGUUCGUAAAGUCAGCAUCAGCAGUGCCGUCCAUGCUGCCAUUAUUCGUGCCACGGCCACAUACCCGCAGCAUCCACUCGCCGUGAGCUACGCCGCUUUCUUCCCAGUCGACAUGCGCAGGCGCUUACCCAAGCCAUACGACGGUCCGGAUUAUGCUGUGGGCGUCUUUUCCUCAGGUCUCCCAAUCUGCGUCCACGAUGUGCUCGGGGACACCAAGGGCCGGGGCCCCAAGAGUUACGAAGAGAUAGUCCAACAGCUAGCCUCGGCAUAUAAGAAGGAUCUUUCACGCUUGGCCUACGAUGUUGAUGGGAACCCCAUAACCAUGCUCGAAAUAAUUGCGCCUUAUGUGCGGCGCACUACGAAGCUCUUCACCACACCUCUUCCUCCCGGGCUGCCGCCGAUACAGAAUCCAGACAUGAGCAGCCUCGGGAAUGUGGAGACAUAUAUCCAACGUUCAUAUGGUGGCAACGGGGAAGGGUUUGAAGUGGCUGACUUUUGGCUUGGCACGCAGAUGCUGUCCCGGUCAGUGCAGUGCCAUGUAUGGAGCUUUAGGGGCGAGCUGAAUAUUGCGGGGUGCUUCAAUGUGAGCUUUUACGAGGGCAAAUUUGUGAAGGAGUUUCUAGACAGGGUAAAAUUUGAGCUGUUGGCUGGUUUGGAGGUU